AUGGCGGUGACUUUGGCUGGGCCCAGGCCCAGACUUCCUUUGGUGUCCACCAUCUGCCCGUCUAGGUGGCCUCUUGUUUUCCUCCUUACUGCCCUCCACAUCCCAGAAUCCCUAGCGAGUCCCAGGUACGCUCCGGCAAUGGUCGGAUCCAAGCGGGAGGUGGUGAUGGAAGGAGACCUGGUGAUCGGGGGGUUGUUCCCGGUGCACGAGAAAGGGGAGGGGACGGAAGACUGCGGUAAAAUAAAUGAGCAACGUGGAAUCCAACGUCUGGAGGCCAUGCUGCUGGCUCUGGACGAGAUUAACCAGGACAAUCACAUACUCCCAGGCCUAACGCUGGGAGCCCACAUCCUGGACACCUGCUCCAAGGACACCUACGCUCUGGAGCAGUCGCUGGAGUUUGUGCGAGCCUCUCUCACUAAAGUCCACGAACCUGGAUUCAUCUGCCCCGAUGGGUCCAACCCCGUACAGGACGACGUGCCGUUGGCCAUAUCCGGGGUCAUUGGAGGAUCCUAUAGUGAUGUUUCCAUCCAGGUGGCCAACCUACUUCGACUGUUCCAGAUCCCUCAGAUCAGCUACGCCUCUACUAGUGCCAAGCUCAGCGACAAGACCCGCUACGACUACUUUGCCAGGACCGUGCCCCCAGAUUUCUACCAGGCCAAAGCCAUGGCUGAGAUCCUCCGUUACUUCAACUGGACCUACGUGUCCACCGUGGCCUCGGAGGGCGACUACGGCGAGACGGGCAUCGACGCGUUCCAGCAGGAGGCCCGCGCCCUGCAAAUCUGCAUCGCCACGUCGGUCAAGGUCAGCCGGUCCACCAACCGCAUUAACUAUGAGAUGGUUAUCCGGGCGUUGCAGCAGAAGGCCAAUGCCAAAGUGGUGAUUCUCUUCACCCGAAGCGAAGAUGCCCGCGAGCUGCUUGUGGCCGCUGCCCGCAUGAACGCCACCUUUAUCUGGGUGGCCAGCGACGGCUGGGGGGCACAGGAGAUCGUGGUGAGAGGCAGUGAAGCCGUGGCGGAGGGUGCCUUCACCAUAGAGUUGGCUUCUUACUCAAUCCGAGAGUUCUCCGACUAUUUCACCAAGCUCACGCCUGAAAAGAACCUCAGGAACCCCUGGUUCCGGGAGUUCUGGGAGCACCGGUUCGGCUGCCGGCUGCACGAGCCGGGCUGCGCGGACCGCACUCUGAGGGACGGGACUUUCAAGCAGGAGUCUAAGAUCAUGUUUGUGAUAAACGCCGUCUACGCCAUGGCACAUGCUCUGCAUAACAUGAGGCAAGCGGUUUGCCCGAACACAACCCGCGUGUGCGACGCCAUGAAGCCAGGCAACGGAAAGAGGUUUUACCGCGACUUCAUCCUCAAGACCAAGUUUGAUGCUCCAUUCAGACCAGCAGAUACAGAGAACAUUGUUCGCUUCACUCCGACUGGAGACAGCCUAGGUCGCUAUAACAUCUUCCACUACCGCAAGGAAGAUGGCAAGUACAUCUACAAGAAGGUGGGUUACUGGGCUCAGGGUUUGGUUUUGAAUCCCAGCCUGGUGCCCUGGAGCGGUGGGACCGUGCCAACCUCCCAGUGCAGUGACCCCUGCCAGCCCAACGAGGCUAAAAGCAUGCAGCCAGGUGACGUCUGCUGCUGGAUCUGCAUCCCGUGCCAACCCCACCAGUACCUGCUGGAUGAGUUCACGUGUGCGGACUGCGGCUUCGGAGAGUGGCCUUUAGCCAACCUGACGGGCUGUUACGAGCUUCCAGAGGAGUACAUCCGCUGGUCGGAUGCCUGGGCGAUCGGACCGGUCACAAUCGCGUGUUUGGGAAUGAUGUGCACGUUGGCGGUGGCUGGGGUGUUCUUCCGUAAUAACGACACCCCCGUGGUGAAGGCCAGUGGCCGAGAGCUCUGCUACAUUCUGCUCUUGGGAGUUCUCAUGUGCUACUGCAUGACUUUCAUCUACAUCGCCAAGCCGUCAGCCGUAGUGUGUACCCUUCGCCGUCUGGGCCUGGGAACCUCGUUCGCCGUGUGCUAUUCGGCCCUCCUUACCAAGACCAAUCGCAUUGCAAGGAUCUUUGGGGGGGCUCGUGAUGGGGCCCAAAGACCCCGAUUCAUUAGCCCUGCGUCUCAAGUUGCCAUCUGUGGAGCUUUAAUUUCUUGCCAGCUCCUGGUGGCUGUCAUUUGGCUCCUGGUUGAGGCUCCAGGUGUUCGUAAGGAGGUCAGUCCCGAGAGGAGAGACGUGGUGACCUUAAAGUGUAACAGCCUGGACUCGAGCAUGCUGGUCUCCCUCACGUACAACUGCAUCCUCAUCAUCCUCUGCACCUUCUACGCCUUCAAGACCAGAAAGUGCCCGGAGAACUUUAACGAGGCCAAGUUCAUCGGCUUUACCAUGUACACCACCUGCAUUAUCUGGCUGGCGUUCCAGCCCAUCUUCUAUGUCACUGCCAGUGACUACAGGGUUCAGACCACCACCAUGUGCAUCUCAGUGAGUCUGAGCGGUUCGGUGGUUCUGGGCUGCCUCUUCGCUCCCAAGAUCCACAUCAUCCUGUUCCAACCCCAGAAGAACGUGACCACGCUGCGGGCGAAAGACCAUCGCUUCUCCACAGCUGCGGUCGCCGCCCCCAGCUCCAGCUUUUCGCAGGCAUCAGCCUCUACUAUAGUGCCAACUGUAUGCAAUGGGCGUGAGGUCGUGGACUCAACAACAUCUUCUUUAUGA